UUCGUCUCCAUGAUAGCAUACAGGAGGAAUCGUUCCACUACCUCGUCUUUGACCUGGUGACCGGCGGAGAGCUGUUCGAGGACAUCGUCGCCAGGGAGUUCUACAGUGAGGCCGACGCUUCGCAUUGUAUUCAACAAAUUUUAGAAAGUGUAAAUCAUUGUCAUCAUAAUAAUAUUGUACAUAGGGAUUUAAAGCCGGAGAACCUCCUUCUGGCCAGCAAAGCCAAGGGCGCUGCCGUCAAACUUGCAGAUUUCGGCCUCGCAAUCGAGGUGCAAGGGGACCAGCAAGCAUGGUUUGGUUUUGCAGGCACGCCGGGCUACCUCUCACCCGAAGUCCUCAAGAAGGAACCUUAUGGAAAACCUGUAGACAUCUGGGCUUGUGGUGUAAUCCUAUACAUCCUCCUGGUGGGUUACCCUCCUUUCUGGGAUGAGGACCAGCAUAGGUUAUACGCCCAAAUCAAGGCUGGAGCUUAUGAUUAUCCAUCACCAGAAUGGGACACGGUAACUCCAGAAGCCAAAAACCUUAUCAACUCAAUGUUGACUGUUAAUCCAGCCAAGCGUAUUACUGCUGCUGAAGCACUGAAGCACCCAUGGAUCUGCCAACGUGAGCGUGUAGCCAGUGUGGUGCACAGGCAAGAGACUGUCGACUGCUUGAGAAAAUUCAAUGCCAGAAGAAAGCUAAAGGGUGCGAUCCUGACGACAAUGCUGGCGACUCGCAACUUCUCCAGUAAGUACGAAGCACAGGGUAAGUGGGCAUCCCCUCUAGGCGGCAGUGGAACCCUAACCUCCCCGCUGACUGACUCCUUGUACCCCAGUUUAAGACUCCCCUCAAUCAAGUCAUUGCAAUGCCAUAUGUUCAAGUUGUGGAAUCAUCAUGCUGAGAGGAAAUGGCAUAGCUUUGAGUUGGGACUGGAACGAGCGCUUGUAAUCCAGAGUGUCCUAUCAUGUGCUGCUCACAUUCACUUGUUGGAGCACACUUCAUUUUCAGUAUACGGAAGUGGGUUGGAAUUAAUGGCACCAUAGAUUACAAGUGUCCUU